UGACUGUCGCCAUCUUUCAUUCCGACAAUGCUUCCAUACAGUAGAAAAUACAUUUUUUCUCUCCCCAAUUUGACUGGGAAUUAUAUAAAACUUCGAAGAGCUUCUGCAUCUUCUUUUCUCAAAUUGCCCACCCUGUUUGGCUCGAAAAAGGGUGCUCAACAGGAACAAACUACUGCCCUUCAACAAGGAACGCCUGGUACAUCUGAAUACUACGUCCCUCGAAAAUUCGUCCCUAUGACCAGAAAAGCACUCAUAAGGCGAAUAGUAGAAGAUGAAAACCUGAUAAACUCAAACGACAGAAGUUACUUUCAAAAUCUUGCUGUUAACUUGGACAAUGCCAUAGCUGGGACGUUCCACGGAGUUCUUGGGGAGUUAAAGGCUUUGUAUGAUCCUUUGAACCCUGACAAAGAGACUUUAACUCUCCUUAAAACUUCAAAGAAGCAGAGACAAGAAAAUGAGUUCUGGCUACUGGAAAAGUUAUCUCAACUCUUAGAAAAGGCUCACUUUUAUGAGCUACCAGUUGAAGAUGUGCGCAGUGCCUUAAAAGAACAUGAUGCAGGAGAUGGUGUACUUGUCAGUGUUGACCCAAACAAGUAUGAUGUUCUACGGAUAUGGGUGGUUGGUAAAGAAUUUGAACCAGGCGAAACAGGGCGUUGGUACUCCAGGGUUGCCGGUAGAGUUGUUAAAAGAUUUAAAACACCAAUCAAGGCUGAGAGGUACAAGAGGGUGGUUAUCGCCAUUCGUUCCAAAAAGCAGAGUAAACUAAUGUUCAAGUCCUUCAAGGAUAUUCGGUGUGCCAAUCUAGAGCAUUUACUUCCAGAAGGAAAAAUAAGGAUGACAAAGUCUGAUCAACGAUUAUUGGCAGCAACUUUGACAAUCGGUGCCACAAGUGUAGUGAUUAAGCUUGUUUCUUUCCUGGCUGAUUACAAGAUAUCAUGGAUUUAUAUUGCCAUAUCUGUGGCAGGAGUUGUGGCUGUAAGAGCAUGGACAAUCUAUAAAAAUAAAAGGAAUUCCUAUCUCGUGCGCUUGUCACAGACCCUCUACUUUAAGGCCAUUGCAAACAACCGUGCCUUAUUUACUCUGCUGGCUGACAGAGCGGAAGAUGAGGUGUUCAAGGGAACCCUCUUGGCAUACAGCUUCCUUCAAGCCCCAUUAAACCUAUCAGGUGGUGGCCACAGAACUGGGUUGCAUUAUGAAGGAAUGACAGUUGGUGAGCUGAAGCAGCAUGUUGAAGAUUGGAUGAAUCUCAAGUUUCAAGUGACCCUGAAAUAUGAUCCAUCAGAACCUUUAAAACAACUUGAGAACCUGGGACUUCUUGCAACAAAACAAAGAGGUGAUCAACAGUUAUUCAAUGUACCAAAUGUAUUUGAUGCAUUCAUGAAACUACCAAGUCCAAAAGAACUCAUGAAAGAGGCACUGGAGAGAACAGAAGAGCUGGAUGUGGAUUUAACUGAGGCAACAACUGAAGAGGAAUUAGAGCAAAUACAAGAUAAGCAACGAGAAGAACUGGAGCAAAAGAAAAUGACUUGGGAUUAACCAAGGAUGAUGGUCACAG